AUGAGGACAUUCUCCGUUAUAUACACUGCUUUCGUUGUUAUAGCUUUGACUUCUCUCCCAAGCAUAAAAGCGCAAACAAACAAUCCAGACCUUCCGGCAUUCCAGUACAAUCUCACAGAGAAACCCGAAGGAGAACGAGCACAACUUUGCGACUCAAAUAAGGGAUUUUGUCAAACAAAUUGUGGUGGACCCGAAAAAGCUCCGAUGAACUUUUGCAAUUCGACUACAAUGGGAUGGGGAUGUGGAUGUCUUGAUAAAGUUCCAGAUUAUUUAGGUUACCAAUGGCCAAUUAAUCAUGCUCAUUGUAUCGGAACAGGAGAAGCAUGUAAAAAUGCAUGCGAAGGACCCAAGGUCCCUGUCGAAAACAAACCAAAAUGCAAUAUUGCCUGUGUUGAAUCAUACUCUCAAGUUUGUGGUACACCAAAACAACCUCCUGCCUAUUAUAAUGUUGCAGAUGUCAAUACUGUUCCAACGUAUGCUCCACCAGUUGAAGGUGCCAAUUCAACCGACGGUAAAGCUGCCAACGGAAAAAACGGCAACGGCGGUGAUUCAAAAAAUGAUGGUUCUGGCACAAAUAAAAAUGACGCUUCCUCGAUAAAUGGUGUUGGAAAUGCGGCAAUUGCUUUAGCCAUUCAGCCUACGUCGUUGCCAACAAUGUCUCCGCCAUCUGUUGAAAUAAUUGACAACACGAAAUCUACCACUACUACCUCCAUCAAUAAUACUACACCUGAGAUCCAUAUGGAUCCCGAUGUUUCCUUGUCUUCUGAUGGUGAUUCCUCUGACGAGAGAUCUUUUGUUAAUAAAACAAGUGACGAAUCCGCUCAUUUCCGCCCAUCACACCAUCAUCUUAAAGCUCCAGAAUUGAAGCGUUCGGCUUCCGUUUCCUCUUUCAGUUCUUACGCGUCUUCUUCUCCUCCCGAUACACCUCUUUCUUCAACCAACAUCGAUGCCAAUUUUAUUCUGGAUAAACGAAACACAUUAGCAUUAGGUGAAUCGGGUGCUUUGGCUCAAAAUUGGUUUACUUCUGGUUCAUUGAAAGCUGAUGGUAAAUGGUUUAAGGAUGAACAAGGUCGAAUUUGUUUAUUACGUGGUGUUAAUUUAUGUGGUAAUUCUAAAUUACCCACUAAACCUAAUGGAUCCAGUCAUUUAAAUGAAGGAUUUUUUGAUCAUCGUAACGUUUCUUUCGUCGGCAGACCUUUUCCACUUGAGGAGGUUCAUCAACAUUUUGCUAGAUUGAGAACUUGGGGCCUUACUUUUGUUAGACUAUUGGUCACUUGGGAAUCUUUGGAACAUGCCGGACCGGGUGUUUAUGACGAAGAGUUCAUUGAUUAUCUCAUCAAUGUCAUUGAACAAAUGCCUCGUUAUGGUAUAAAAUGUUUCAUAGAUCCACAUCAAGAUUGUUGGUCAAGGUUUUCAGGUGGAUCAGGUGCUCCGGGAUGGACAUUUGAGGUUGCCGGUCUUGACAUGACAAAAUUUAAGACCACGGGUGCUGCUUACGUCCAUAAUAUGAAUCAUAAACCUGGUGAUUCAUUGCCAAUGGUGUGGCCAACUAAUUAUACUAAAUUGGCUAGUAGUACCAUGUUUACUUUAUUUUGGGGUGGUGAUGUGUUUGCUCCAAAUAACACUUGUGAAGGAGUAAAUGUUCAAGAAUUUCUUCAAACAAAAUAUGUAAAUUGUUAUAAACAUUUAGCAAGUCGGCUUCAACAUUUGGAGGCAGUUAUGGGAUUUGAAUUGAUGAAUGAACCUCAUCAAGGUUAUAUUGGUUUAGCAGAUUUACAUCGAUAUGAUGAAGGGAAAACCCUUGUAUUUGGAGAUUCGCCAUCUGCUUUACAAUCAUUUGCUCUUGGCGAUGGUAUACCACAAGAGAUCGAAGUAUGGAUUAAAUCAUGGCCAUUUCCCACCCGCAAAGAUAAAACACGUCUGAUUAAUGAAGAACAUGAAUCCGCUUGGUUAGACGGGAGUUGUAUAUGGCGUCAACAUGGUGUCUGGGACGUUGAUGCUAAGACUGGAAAACCAAAAGUUUUGAAAAAAGAUUAUUUCCUAAAGCAUCCAAAAACUGGAGAAAAAUUGGAAUUCUAUAAAGAUUUUUAUUUACCUUUUGUCAAGAGAUACUCGGAAGGAAUUCAAAGCGUUAACAAAGAAUAUUUUGUGUUCGUUGAGCCACUUCCAAAUGAGCCACCACCAAAAUGGACACCAAGUGAUCAUCACAAUAAUGUUAUAUUUGCGCCCCAUUGGUAUGACUUAAAAGCGUUAUUUACAAAAACAUUUAAUGGGAAAAUUACGCACGAUGUUCAGCGGUUAACAAGGGGAGCGCAUCAUAUAGCAGCAGCAACAUUUUUUGGUAUAUCAGGAGCAAAAAAAAAUUAUUCUGGACAAGUUCGAAAUAUAAUUAAAAAUGGCCUUCAAUAUGUAGGAGAAAAACCCUGUGUUAUUGGAGAGUGUGGUAUACCUAUGGAUAUUAAUGAGAAGCAAGCUUUCUUAACUAAUGACUGGGCGCAUCAUAGUAAUUUCUUGGAUGCUGUAUUAUGUGCCAUGGAAAAGAACCUUGUGAAUUUUACCUUAUGGAAUUAUAAUCCAAUAAAUGAUAAUACACAUGGUGAUCAUUGGUACGGUGAGGAUUUUUCGAUUUAUUCUCGUCCUAAUAAUGAGAAAGUUAUAACAAAUACUACCACCAUUACAAAAGAAAGAAAGGUACAUGUGGUAAAUGGUACAAGAGAGAAAAAAAUUAAGGUUCAUAGUCUCGAAAUACAAACAAAUUUCCAAGAUGCACUUAAAAUUUCAUCUAAUGAAUCUAAUGAAAAAAAUGAGAAUACUUUUGUAAAUAGUAGUGAAGUAAAUGAUGAGUGUGAAAUCAUAUCUAAUUGUACGGACAUUACAGAAAAUUGUGCAACAUCGCCUACAUCGCCUUUUGAUUUAACUCAAGUACAUUUUUGGGAACAAGAUGAUGGAUCCGAUUAUGAGUAUUUUCAUCAAGGUGGAAGAGUUUUGGAAGCAGUUUUGCGACCAUAUGCAGCCAAAAUACCAGGAAUCCCACAAUCAAUGAACUUUAACCUAAAAAAGUUGGAAUUUACAUUUAAAUUCACAAAUUAUCCAUCAUCGCAACAAUUAUAUAGCAUAAAAGCACCAGAGACAGAAAUUUAUAUACCAAAUUAUCAUUAUAAAAAACUUUUACUUGAUAUAAGAGUUUCUGACGGGGAUUGGAGAUAUGUUAAAAGUAGACAGACACUAUACUGGCGAGUUAAAGAUUGGAAAACCGAAGGAGUAGUACAUACUUUAAGGAUUAGAGUUGCAGAGAAUUUAAUAGAGGGAGUAGAAAUAUCAAAUCUUGGUGAAUUAUCAUCAAAUAAUUCGAAUAACAAGUUGGAAGAUGAUGAAGCCAAGACAUUUACAAUUUGGUUAGCUGGUGCUGUAGUUGUGGCUGCUUAUUUGUGGACCAACGAAAAAGGAUUGAAAUAUAUUCCAAUGUUCGAUCUACAUGGUUAUACUAAAGUACAAGCAUGUCAAAUUGUAAAAAAUGUAAUCUUGCAAUGUUUUGAAUUAAACAUAAGUUCAAUAAAAUUUAUUACCGGAAGAGGAAAUCAUCCAAAUACAAAUGGAGAACGAGGUGUGCUUUUCAAAAAUUUUAAAAAUUGGCUUAAAGAUGAUGGGAUUAAAAGUUUGAUUAAAACUUGUAAAGUUGGAAUUGGAUCUUACAAAGUUUGUCUAAAGGAAAAUAAUAUUUUUAUGACACUUACUUCGGAGAAACAAGAUUUCUUUUCUAUUGAGACUAUUAAGAGUGAUUUAGACAUGUCGUUGUUUAUUAAAGAUACACUGCUAGAUAGAAAAGAAUCAAAUUCUUUAAUAGUGAAAGAAGAAACUAACCUUUCAUUAAUUAGAAAGGAUGAAUUAAGAAUUCCCGUAGUUACAGAAGAAUUAGGGAUUUCUGUAAUUAAGGAAAAGGAGUUAAAGAUUCCCAAAAUUACGGACAAAGUAUUAAGUAUUUCUGUAGAUACGGAAGAAUUAAAUCUUAGUCCCUUCAUUAGUCAAGAAUUAGUUAGAAAUGAAGAAUCCAAUAUGCCGUUAAGUUAUAAAGUUGAAAACAAAGUUUCAAAUUAUUUGAAUACAAUCUUCAAUUCUAGGUUUAAAAGAAAUUUGAAUUCGAAAGCACAACGUAUCCUUACAUUUAUUGUAUUGAUUUGUUUCAAAGGAGUUGAGAUGUCUCACAAUCCGAUGAAAUCAUUUCAUUGGCGGCUAGCAGCCAUUAUAUAUUAUAAAUUAGUUAAGAAAUUUACACCUUCCAAAAUAUUUGAUAUUGGAUGUAGUUUAUUAGAGAGAAACGAGAAGGUAGGAAUUAAAUUAAUUCAAGAAGCCGCAGAAAACGAAUAUGGAGAGGCCCAACUUUAUCUUGGAGGGGCAUAUAUAGACGGACGCAUAAUCGAAAGAGAUUUCAAAAAGUCAUUUGAAUGGAUUUUAAAAUCUGCUCGUAAUAAUAAUAUUGAAGCAGAAUUUUAUCUUGGAUGUAUGUAUAAAUUUGGAAUUGGAUGUGUAAAAGAUUACAAUAAAUCAUUGUGUUGGUUUAUUAGAUCUGCAAAGCAUCAUCAUUCUGAAGCGCAAUUCUUCUUGAGAUAUUUGUAUGGUUUUGGUCAAAUGGUUCAAUUUACUCAAAAAGAUGCUCUAAAAUGGUUUAUGGUUUCAGCUGAAAAUGGACAAGUUAAUGCACAGUAUAUCCUUGGACAAAUUUAUGAAAUGGGUUUAUUAGGUUCGAACAAAAAUGAAUUAAAAUCUUUAAUGUGGUAUAUGGAAUCAUUGAAACAAGGUCAUUCGUUAGCUAGAUAUCGAAUUGGAAAAAUCACCCAACCUGAAAUUAAUUCUCAGAUCAAUUCCCAACAAUUCACAAAGAAAUUUUUCUUAAAAUUAGUAAAUAUAAGUCAUUUGUCUAUUUGUUACAAGAAAAUAGAUUUAGGUAGAAAACUUCAUAAUUUAGUUAAAGAUGAGUCACUAGAAACAUCCCUUAUUUAUUCGUUUAUUCAGCCUUAUCUAACUGUUUCUAAAGAAUGCUUAUUUGUUCUUUUUUUGUUUUUAAUUAUAUUUGGCGUCGAAACUUUAUUUGUACUUUGUUUAUUGAUUCAAACAUCGAUUUUUUUAAUGAGAAACAACAAUAAACUUCAAUUUAAUUAG